AUGUCCAGGCGGCGGCUGGCUUUGGGCAUUUAUAUCCACCUCCUGCCCUUACUGUGGCAGUCAGCAGAGGAUACCGUAAGAAACCGUGGGCCAGAUUUUGAAGAGCAACCACGCAACAUCAUCUUUCCCGAAGGGUCAACAGAGGAACAAAUAUUGUUAACAUGCCAAGCACGAGCCAGCCCUCCUGCAACAUACAGGUGGAAGAUGAAUGGAGUAGAGCUCAAAAUGGAGCCAAAUUCCCGUUACAGGCUAAAUGGGGGCAACUUGGUCAUAAGCAAUCCUGUGAAAGCCAAAGAUACCGGGUCCUACCAGUGUGUGGCAUCCAACUCUGUGGGCACAGUAGUCAGCAAAGAAGCUUAUGUUCGUUUUGGCUUUUUGCAGGAAUUUUCUGCAGAAGAAAGAGACCCAGUGAAGAUUACAGAGGGCUGGGGGGUGAUGCUUCCUUGCAUCCCACCCCAACAUUACCCAGGACUUUCGUAUCGCUGGUUUUUGAAUGAGUUUCCCAACUUCAUCCCAGUAGAUGGAAGGCGUUUCAUCUCCCAGACAACUGGAAACCUUUACAUUGCCAAGACAGAGGCCUCCGAUGUGGGCAACUAUUCCUGCUUUGCUACUGGCCAGAUCGACUCUAGUAAAAAGAGUGUCUUUAGCACAUCUUCUCAGCUCAUAAUUGUUGGAGAAGAUUCCAGACAGUAUGCCCCAAACAUUAAAGUCAAGUUUCCUUCUGACACUUACGCACUGGCUGGGCAGCUGGUGGCUUUGGAGUGCUUUGCCUUUGGGAACCCUGUCCCUCAAAUAAAAUGGCGCAAGCUGGAUGGCAGUUCAUCCUCUUCAUGGAUCGCAACUAAGCCCCUCCUGCAAUUUGAGAAGAUUGGCUUUGAUGAUGAGGGCAUUUAUGAAUGUGAAGCUGAGAACAUCAAAGGAAAAGACACCCAUCAAGGACGCAUCAUCAUCCAAGCUCAGCCAGAAUGGCUGAAGGUCAUCACAGACAGAGAGGCUGACAUCGGAUCAGACCUGCGCUGGAGCUGUGCUGCAUCUGGCAAGCCGAGGCCUACAAUAAAAUGGCUACGGAAUGGGCAGCCAUUAACUUACCAGAAUCGUAUUGAAGUGAAUGGUGGAGAUUUGAGGAUUUUAAAGUUAACAAUGGAGGACUCUGGGAUGUACCAGUGUGUAGCAGACAACAAGCAUGGCACUGUUUAUGCUAGUGCUGAAUUGUAUGUGCAAGCUCUUGCUCCAGAUUUUCGUCUAAACCCUGUGAAGCGACUGAUACCAGCAGCUCGAGGAGGGGAAGUCAUCAUUCACUGCCAGCCAAGAUCUGCACCAAAAUCCGUUAUACUCUGGACCAAAGGGACUGAACUUCUGCACAAUAGUCCCAGCAUAACUAUUACUCCUGAUGGCACCUUGAUCAUUCAGAAUAUUAGCAAGUCAGAUGAGGGGAAAUAUACCUGCUUUGCUGAAAAUUUCAUGGGCAAAGCAAACAGCACAGGAAUCCUCUCGGUUCGAGAUGCCACCAAAAUCACCUUGGCGCCAUCCAGUGCUGAUAUCAAUGUAGGCGAGAACAUUUCCCUUCAGUGCCACGCUUCUCAUGACCCAACAAUGGACCUCACCUUUACUUGGAGCCUGGAUGACUUUCCUAUUGAUUUCACCAAGUCUGAAGGCCAUUACAAGCGAGCGAGUACAAAAGAGAGCAUUGGAGACCUCAUGAUCUUGAAUGCUCAGCUGAAACAUGCCGGACGAUAUACAUGUACAGCCCAGACGGUGGUGGACAGUGCUUCCGAGUCAGCCGCACUGGUUGUAAGAGGUCCUCCAGGGCCUCCUGGGGGGUUGGUGGUGAGGGAUAUAAAAGAUACCACUGUGCAACUGAGCUGGAGUCGAGGCUCUGAUAACCACAGUCCUAUUGCCAAAUAUGUCAUCCAGGCCCGCACUCCACUCUUCUCCAAAUGGAAGCAAGUGCGCACCAAUCCUGCAAAUAUUGAAGGUAAUGCAGAGACGGCCCAAGUGGUCAACCUCAUACCAUGGAUGGAUUAUGAGUUCCGGGUCCUGGCUAGCAACAUCCUUGGUACUGGAGAACCUAGCGUGCCAUCUGCCAAGAGCCGCACCAAAGAAGCUGCCCCUACAGUUGCACCAUCUGGGCUCAGUGGAGGAGGGGGAGCACCUGGGGAACUCAUCAUCAACUGGACGCCAAUGCACCGGGAGUACCAGAAUGGAGAUGGUUUUGGAUAUAUCCUGUCUUUCCGAAAACAAGGCGCCCAAACCUGGAAGAAAGCAAAAGUGCCCCAUGCAGAAUCGCUGCACUAUGUUUAUCGCAAUGAGAGUGUUGCACCUUAUACACCCUUUGAAGUGAAGAUCAGGGCCUUCAACAGGAAAGGAGAAGGACCAGAAAGCUUGGUGGCCAUUGUCUACUCUGCAGAAGAAGAACCAAGAGUGGCUCCAUCUAACAUUACAGUUGAGGGAGUUUUGGCCACAGAAAUGGAUGUUUCAUGGGAGCCUGUGGAGCAAAGUGACACAAAUGGAAUCCUUUUGGGCUAUGAGAUCCGGUACUGGAAACAUGGCGACAAGGAGGAGGCUGCAGACAGAGUGAGGACAGCCGGUCUUGAGAAGUCGGCACAUGUGACAGAACUUAACCCCAACACAAAGUACCAUGUGACAGUCAGAGCUUACAACCGGGCAGGGACAGGGCCAGCCAGUCUCCCCACCAGUUUCACAACCACAAAACCACCACCAACAAGGACACCUGGCAACAUCUCCUGGAAAUUUAUUGGCUCUGUUGUAAGCAUCAAAUGGGAUCCUGUGAUUGCAAUGACAAAUGAAUCUGCUGUCACUGGGUACAAGAUGCUGUACCAGCAGGACUCACACUCCACUCCUAAACUGUACAUAUCCAACAAUAAUCGGAUUGAAGUUCCCUUUCCAGAAGACUUCACUCAUGCUUCAGUGCAAAUUAGGACAACUGGGCCAGGUGGAGAUGGAGUCCCAGCACGGGUGCACAUCCUCAGAAACAGCGGUACAAGUAUGAUGGUAGAAAAAUCUGCAGGCCAUCCAGUAGCACAUACUGUGAUUUCCCUGACUCACCCUGUAGUAAUGUUGGUCCUGAUUGGUUACUUGGAGCUCUGA